GCUGCAGAUGCGGCAGUCGGUCAGUGUCCGGUCACCAGCUCCAUCUAGAACCUAGGCAGUUGGCUCUCCCUGUGUGAACAGCAGCAGUUUCCAGACCUCUGAGCCACAGCGUUUGCCCUUCAAAUCCACAUCAGCUGGCAGAACCCAGUCUUCUGUUCUUUGAAUCCAUCCAACCAUUUUAUAUGCGCUGACUAGCAGGCUCACGUGCACAGUGUGGAGGACAAGCUGUAUCUUACAAAAUGGGAUUUGGGAGUGACCUGAAGAACUCACAGGAAGCUGUGUUAAAGUUGCAAGACUGGGAACUACGGUUGCUGGAGACGGUGAAGAAAUUCAUGGCUCUGAGAAUAAAAAGCGAUAAAGAAUAUGCAUAUACUUUACAGAAUCUUUGUAAUCAAGUUGAUAAAGAAAGCACCGUGCAAGUGAAUUAUGUCAGCAACGUGUCCAAGUCUUGGCUACUGAUGAUUCAGCAGACAGAGCAGCUUAGUAGGAUAAUGAAGACACAUGCAGAGGACUUGAAUUCUGGACCCUUGCACAGGCUCACCAUGAUGAUCAAGGACAAGCAGCAAGUGAAGAAGAGCUAUGUGGGCAUUCAUCAGCAGAUAGAGGCAGAGAUGAUCAAGGUCACAAAGACAGAAUUGGAGAAAUUAAAAUCCAGCUAUCGACAAUUAAUAAAAGAAAUGAAUUCUGCCAAAGAGAAAUAUAAAGAAGCUUUAGCCAAAGGGAAGGAAACAGAAAAGGCCAAGGAGCGCUAUGACAAAGCCACAAUGAAGCUUCAUAUGCUGCAUAAUCAGUAUGUGUUGGCACUGAAGGGGGCGCAGCUCCAUCAGAGUCAGUACUAUGAUACCACACUUCCCCUGCUGCUGGACUCCGUGCAAAAGAUGCAAGAAGAAAUGAUAAAAGCAUUAAAAGGUAUAUUUGAUGACUAUAGCCAGAUAACCAGCCUUGUUACAGAGGAAAUAGUGAAUGUCCAUAAAGAGAUUCAAAUGUCUGUUGAACAGAUAGAUCCUAGCACCGAAUAUAAUAAUUUCAUAGAUGUUCACAGAACAACAGCUGCUAAAGAACAAGAAAUUGAAUUUGAUACUUCCCUAUUAGAAGAAAAUGAAAGUCUUCAGGCAAAUGAGAUCAUGUGGAAUAAUUUAACUGCAGACAGUUUGCAAGUAAUGUUGAAGACUUUAGCAGAAGAGCUCACACAGACCCAGCAGAUGCUUGUACACAAGGAGGCGGCCGUCCUGGAGCUGGAGAAGAGGAUUGAGGAAUCUUCUGAGACCUGUGAGAAGAAGUCUGACAUUGUGCUUCUUCUGGGCCAAAAACAGGCUCUUGAAGAGUUGAAACAGUCAGUCCAGCAGCUGAGAUGCACUGAGGCGAAGUGCACAGCACAGAAGGAAUUGCUGGAGCAAAAAGUACAGGACAGUGAUGGGAAGGAACCACCUCCUGUGGUGAACUACGAAGAAGACGCACGGUCAGUCACGUCCAUGGAGAGAAAGGAGAGGCUAUCCAAAUUUGAGUCUAUUCGUCAUUCAAUUGCUGGAAUAAUUAAGUCUCCAAAAUCGGUACUCGGAUCUUCAACACAGCUCAGUGAUGUGAUCUCUGUGGGUGAGAAGCCCCUGGCGGAGCAUGACUGGUACCACGGCGCUAUCCCCAGGAUAGAGGCACAAGAACUGCUUAAGCAGCAAGGAGACUUCCUGGUGCGGGAAAGCCAUGGGAAACCUGGUGAAUAUGUCCUUUCUGUAUAUUCUGACGGACAAAGGAGGCACUUUAUCAUACAAUUUGUUGAUAAUCUAUAUCGAUUUGAGGGCACCGGGUUUUCAAAUAUCCCUCAACUUAUAGAUCACCACUUCAAUACAAAGCAAGUCAUCACCAAGAAGUCUGGGGUGGUUCUGCUGAACCCUAUUCCAAAGGAUAAGAAAUGGGUUCUCAAUCAUGAAGAUGUUUCAUUGGGAGAGUUACUGGGCAAGGGGAAUUUUGGUGAAGUGUUUAAGGGCACACUGAAGGAUAAAACUCCUGUUGCUAUAAAAACAUGCAAGGAAGACCUUCCUCAGGAAUUAAAAAUAAAGUUUCUACAGGAAGCCAAAAUUCUCAAGCAAUAUGAUCACCCCAAUAUUGUCAAACUUAUAGGCGUGUGCACACAAAGACAGCCUGUCUACAUCAUUAUGGAACUGGUACCAGGAGGUGAUUUUCUGACCUUUCUGAGGAAGAGGAAGGACGAACUAAAGCUGAAGCAGCUGGUGAAGUUUUCCUUGGACAUCGCUGCUGGCAUGUUGUAUUUGGAGAGCAGGAACUGUAUUCACAGGGACCUGGCUGCGCGGAACUGCCUGGUUGGUGAAAAUAACAUUCUGAAAAUCAGUGACUUUGGAAUGUCUCGGCAAGAAGACGGUGGAGUGUAUUCAUCUUCUGGCUUAAAGCAGAUUCCCAUUAAAUGGACAGCACCGGAAGCUCUUAAUUACGGGAGAUACAGUUCUGAAAGUGAUGUGUGGAGCUUUGGCAUCCUCCUCUGGGAGACCUUCAGCCUGGGAGUCUGCCCAUACCCUGGAAUGACAAACCAGCAGGCCCGAGAGCAAGUGGAGAGAGGAUACCGGAUGUCAGCCCCACAGAACUGUCCAGAGGAGAUUUUUACAAUCAUGAUGAAGUGUUGGGACUACAAGCCUGAAAACCGCCCUAAGUUCAGUGACCUUCACAAAGAGCUCACCGCCAUCAAGAAGAAGGUCACAUAGUGCCAGCCAGGGCUGGCACCACUGUAGGACUCUGUCCUCAGCCACCCCAACUUUAUGCCACCUUCCUGCAACCAUCUUUGACGGCUAUGUUUUUUACUAACUGGGUUUUUAAAGUAUGUUCCACUUUAAACUAUGUUAAAGGCAAAUCUAUUCAAGAAAUAAAUAGUCCUACCCAGGGCCAUAUUAGCUAACCACAGCAGCCAUGCCAUUUGAUACCACUGUAAAGACAAAAGCACAGGCCUGUCGGGAAAGGUCUGUCUUCAGUCUCGAGGACCACUGGUGUUCCGCCAAGGCUUUCCACUCCAGGCACAGCCCGUGUGUGGGUGGCUGUCUUCUGCUGCAGGCCCUCCUCGGUUGGUGCUAUAAACUGCCACGGUAGUGCAUGCUUGCAGGACGCAUGCCCACCACAGUCGGCUUCCACUCUGCCAAGGCUAGAUUGUAGCUAUAAAUAUAAUCACAUAUUGGGAAUCACUUGGACCUCCUAGGGUUUCUCUUUCUUUCCUGUCAGAGCAAGCCUGGUGAGCGCAUCACACAAGCCUGGUGAGCACAUCACACAAGCCUGGUGAGCGCAUCACACAAGCCUGGUGAGCGCAUCACACAAGCCUGGUGAGCGCAUCACACUCCUGUGUCAUUUUAUCUCUACUUCCCCCAUCCAGGCUACAGAAAAUGGUGCAUGGAAAAUUCCCAGAGAGCUCAGGGUUCAGAGGCACCUGCUUCUGUAGGACAUUGCAGAAGACAGGGAUGACAGGAAGCAAGUGUGACCAGGACGGCAGGCUGGGAAAAGAGCAGCUAGCCAGUGCUCACCAGGGACAAGAAAGCAAGAGCCUGCCUUCCUCCCACACUUACAGAACACCCUUUACCUGGGUCUCAACUCCCUAACAAGGUUUAAGACAGUUUCAGGAGUUUGUAGAGCCCAGUGAAACUGCCUUAAGGCUACGAAAGUCCACAACAGCAUGGUUUUCAUUGUGGAUCUUCAUCCUAGAGUACAAUCCCAGAGUGGAAUUCCCUUUACUUAGACCAGUUUCUGGGUCUUCAGAAUCCAUGGUUCACAUUUACAAGCGUGUCCACAUAUAUCUACUGACGUGCAAGGCUGCUGUGAACGAAAUAGAUGGGCCAGACGUCAAGUCAGUGUUAAUGAAGAAAAUCUCUAGGGACAG